AUGUAUGGGCGGGAACGAGGCUGUUCGAACUGGCUUAAAUAUGCAGGGCUCUGGACACGGCCCCCAUCUAGCAUGUCCCUAUUCGCAAUCUGGGUUGGCUGGAAGCUCUUGCGACAUGGCCAGAAGUUUGCUCUGUACACAUUGGGUUUCAUCAACACUCGAAGGAUCUAUGACCGGCCGAACGAUUAUGGCCUCAAGUACCAUUGUCUCGGGUUGACAACGGCCGAUGAAGUGCAUCUGGGGUGCUUCUUCGCGAAAUACGCUGCACAAGACGCCUCACGUAUCGAACUCCACGAAAGAGCCUAUAAAACUGAUCUCGGAAUACCGGUGCCAAACUUCGAUGUGGAGCCUGUUGUUGCAAAUGUGAUCGUCUUCCAUGGGAGCACAACGAGCAUCGACACCCAGCCCUAUAUUGACAUGGCGCGCAAACUCAUUCGGAGGAGGUGCAAUGUUUUGCUACUCUCUUACCGCGGAUUUGGAACCUCUUCUGGAACGCCCUCGGAAUCCGGUCUCCAGUUGGAUGCACAAGCUGCUUUGGACUACAUCACCAACAAUCCGUCUCUUUCUGCACUCCCGACGUUCUUGUAUGGCUUCUGCCUGGGCGGCGCGGUAGCGAUUGAUUUGGCGGCACGCAACCCGACCGCCAUCUCGGGAGUCGUUGUCCAAAACACGUUCCUUUCCGUGCCCAGCCUCGUCCGCGACUGGCGAUAUAUCGGAUGGCUUGCCAAACAUCUUGUGACGCAGCGCUGGGACUCCGCGACGAAAGUGCCGUCGAUACCGGCCACGGUGCCGAUGCUCUUUCUCAGCGGGGCCAACGACGAGCUGGUCUCCAAGAAGCACAUGGAGGGCUUGUGGGACAUCCGCAAGGGGGCGACGCCGUCUGAGUUGGACCGCUUCGAGUCGUUUGCGGGCGGGACGCACCUUUAUACGGAGCUUUGUCCGGGAUUCUGGGACAAGAUCGAUAGCUGGAUUAACGCUGUUCUGCCGGUCAGUAAUACGACUCGGGUGACGGCUUUGUAG